AUACCAACAGCAGCAAGACUAAAGGCUCAAAGCAAACCUGUCAAAAUACAAGAUGAAAACCAUUCUCGCCAUUGCUCUUGUGCUCCUGGCUCUCUAUCUGGUCUCUGAAGCCCAUGCCGUCCAAGUCAAAGUACAGGUAAAGGCUCCUCUUACAGCAAGAUUUACCUUACUAUAAUGCAUUAUAAUAUGAAGACUUUAAACUGCAGUAAUGUCAGAUUCAAACUCAUACUCAAUUGGACUUUGCAAAAAUUGUAAACUAAUGGAAAAAUGUUUUGUUAACUCUCGCUAUGUAGCUAACAGACAAAAUUCAAUGUGGCAUUUUUUUAACAAAGCGCAUACUUGGUGCAAGCUAUCAUUGCAACUCUAUGGGCAUCCUUGUCACAUAUAGAAUGUGUAAAGCAUCUAUAUGAUUGGCCUGGUCCCCAAUAUGACUCACAGAUAUCUCUAACCGUGUCUCUCUCCUCUCUUCUCUUCUCUCUAGGAGGGCGACUUUGUUUUCUCACUGGAAUCAGUGAAGAAGCUCCAAAAACUGACAGAGAGCAGCAGUGUAAACGAGAAGCAGAAUCCUCAUCUCGCCAGCACCAGCUUUGCUUCCGUCUGUGCUAACCCCUCCCUGCCACAGGAGUUCAUGCCGCUGUGCAUGCAGAGAGGGGCCAGCAUGUCUCUCUCAAGACUAGGUAAGAAAAGGCCACACUAUAGAAUAAUAUCCACUAUAGUCCAACUUGGUGGAACAGACCAGAUUGUGAUAAGACCGUAAUAAUUUGCUGAUGGCGAGUCAUUUAUCAGAAUUUUAUAGAACAUCGCUCUCUCUUUUAUACUAGUUGAUCUCUGCAAUGUGUGGUUGUAGUUUGAAUUGAUUUAGUGAUUUUGAAACAUGUUUUUAACACUGUACCUUUGUCUUCUUUCUUCCAGCUGCUAUGCCUAUAGACAUUUGUGAGAUCUGUGCCUUUGUUGCCUGCACAGGCUGUUAGGCAAGAUAUCAACCUGACUGCCAGCAGAAGACAAGCCACCCACAUGAUCAUUCUACAUAUUGUGACAACAAUGUGGAUUUCAUGUAUACAAAUUGCCAUCCUCACACAUGAUUGGCCCAAAAGAUAACUGGACCACAAAUUAAAAAAUAUAUAUUAAAUGAUGGCUCAUUUUCUAGAAACUGUUACUUUGGAGCUUUAUUCAGCACUUAUUUGUCUACUUCUUUUAUUUUCCUUUUAUCACUUGACUUUCAUUUUGAUAUGUUACAGUUCUAUCUUACCAGGCUUUGUACUUAUUUAAUGUAGAGAUGUAUUUUUGUUUUGGGGUUUUUUGUAUUCUUUUGUAUGUUUAUAAAUGCCUCAUGUUUAAUAAAAAUAUUUGAAGAACA